CCUGCAUUCGUUCCGACGCACCGCAGAGAUCUCCGCACCGCAUCCAUCCUGCUCAGUGCUCACCUCCCAUGGCGGCCGCCGUAGCCGGGGCCACGCCGGCGACUGCGAGGAAGACCCUCUUCACCACCACCGCCACCCUCCUUUCGUCCUCACUCAAACGCGGCAGCCGCGGCCUCUCCUGCUCGGCCGCGGCCGCCGCCGCCCCGCGCCUCGCGCCGCAGCCUCCGGACCUGGUCCGGUGGUUGCAGCGCGAGGGCGGGUUCGUCCACCCGGCCCUCCGCGUCACGGACCACCCGGAACACGGACUCGGGGUCUCUGCCGCCGCGGCCGACGGCGACAUCCCACCUGGGGACGUCCUCAUCACGCUCCCGGGCCGCCUCCCGCUACGACUCCGCCACCCCACCGGCGCUGCGGACGACCUGCUCGUGCAGCUAGCCCAACAAGUACCGGAUGAACUAUGGGCUAUGAAGUUGGGCUUGAGGUUGCUUCAAGAAAGGGCCAAACCUGAUUCAUUUUGGUGGCCGUAUAUUGCCAAUUUGCCAGAGACAUUUACUGUUCCAAUCUUCUUUCCUGGGGAUGACAUUAAAAACUUGCAGUAUGCCCCUCUCCUCCACCAGGUCAACAAAAGAUGUCGUUUUCUUCUUGAGUUUGAGAAAGAGGUGCGACAGAAGCUUGAUACCGUGCCCUUGAUUGAUCAUCCUUUUUAUGGACAAGAUUUAAAUUCAUCUUCCCUUGGAUGGGCUAUGUCAGCUGCGUCUUCUCGUGCAUUCCGUUUGCAUGGGGAAACCCCAAUGCUGUUGCCUCUGAUUGAUAUGUGUAACCAUAGUUUCAACCCAAAUGCUAGGAUUGUCCAGGAAGGAAGUGUAAACAGCUCAGACAUGUCAGUUAAGGUUGUUGCUGAGACGAAGAUUGAGCAAAAUGCAGCAAUAACACUGAAUUAUGGUUGCCACCCCAAUGAUUUCUUUCUUCUCGAUUAUGGAUUUGUGAUAACACCAAACCCUUAUGAUCAAGUGGAACUGAGCUAUGAUGGAACCCUUCUUGAUGCUGCUAGCAUGGCAGCAGGGGCCUCUUCUCCCAACUUUUCAGCACCAGCCAAGUGGCAAGAAGAUAUCUUGUCACAGCUAAACCUGCAUGGAGAGGGCGCCAUUUUGAAGGUAAGCUUAGGAGGCCCAGAUAUAGUGGAUGGACGCUUGUUAGCUGCUCUAAGGGUGCUUCUUGCAGCUGAUCCAGAGGCUGUGCACAAGCAUGACCUGAAAACUUUGAUGUCCCUUGAUGCGCAAGCUCCUUUAGGCCCAACUGUUGAAGCCUCAGCACUCCGAACAGUUCUUGCACUUUGUGCGAUUGCUCUCCAACACUUCCACACGAAGAUAAUGGAAGACGAAGCCAUUCUAAAAGGGGAACUGCCUCUUACCACUGAACUGGCCAUCCAGUUCAGAUUGCAGAAGAAGUUUAUGAUCGUUGAUGUGAUGCAGAAUAUCAGCCGGAGAAUCAAGACGUUAUCGCCACAGAAAUCCACUGCGUAGUUCUUUGGUUUCUUCGUCAUACAAUCAAUUACCAUUCUGUACUGCUUACUGCAUAUAAAUACAAGCCCCAAUUUUGAUUCUGUACCAUAUCUGCAUUUAGAAGUUACAUGUGCAUGAAUCAAAGGGUGUGCAUUAGUUAUGGAGUUCCUUGUGGAGAUUACUUUCAUGUACUGAUUAUUGCGGAUAAUGAUAAAUCCCCAUUUUUGACUCUGCAA